AUGGCCCUCGCCAAUCGCGGGGGGCUGCCGGAGACGCUCGGCGCCGGGGGCGUCCAGUCACGGCUGCCGGCUGGCCGGGGCCUGUACACCGGUGCAAAUGGCAGGAACAGCGCGGUGUUCACGCGGGCGGUGGCGCAUGGGCGGCGGGUGGGGUCGCCCACGGCGAUCGCCGUCUCGGCGGCCCUCACCAGCGACAGGGUCAUCGCGCCGAAGAGGCAGGCCUUCGAGCAAAAGGUGACUACCACCGUGACGCAGACGCCCAGCCGCCGGCUGCCCGCCGAGUUCUACCAGUUGACGGACCCCGAGGCGGGCGUGCAGCUGCCGCCGCACCACCGCGUCGAUCUGCGGCUGCUGGAUAACAGGGAGCUGGACAAGUUGGUAUCGCAGCUCGGGCGGAACAAGGCCACCUGGAGGCGGGCGCUGCUGCUGCACGAGUGGCUGGUCGAAGCCGGCCACAUCCCUGACGACAGGCUGUGCACCACGUUGAUCCGCGUGUGCGGACAGCACGGCCAGACCUUCAGCGCCCUGGGCGUGUACGAGUGGAUGAAAGCUCUACCACAGGAGGGUGGUGCAGGUCUGUGCCCCUCUGUCUACACUUACACAGCUGCAAUGCGCGCGGCGCUUGCUGGCAAUGUGCUCGAGAAGGCUCUGCAGAUAUGGAACGAUGUGGAGGACUCUCGGUGCAUGCCUGACAGCCGCCUGUGCACUGCCUACAUCGAGGUUUGCACCCGCCUUGGGCAGAUGGAGAAAGCCCUGCAGAUGUAUCAGAGGAUGAGGGGUGCCCCUGCCAACUCCAAGAUGGCACCAACAGUGCAUGCGUACACAGCGGCCAUGAGAGCAGCAACAGAAGGUGGCAAAUGGCAGAAGGCUCUGGAGAUAUGGCAGGAUAUGGGCUCUGCAGGUGUCGAAGCGUCAGGACAUGCCUUUGCGGCAGCCAUCAGUGCGUGUGCCGCUGGCGGUGAUUGGCAGCGUGCUUGUGCCCUGUUCGAGCAGAUGCUGCAGUGCGGCAUCCAGCCGGACGUUGUGUCCUGCACUGCCCUCAUCAGCGCCCUGGCCACGGGUGGCCAGUGGCAGCAGAGCGAGCAGGUGGUCAGCUGGAUGCUUCAGUCCCAAGUGCGCCCUAAUGUGAGGACCUACACAGCGCUGCUGAACUCGUUGGGCCAGGCGCAGCAGUGGCAGCGUGCUAUAGUCCUGCUGAGGCGCAUGGCUGAAACCGACUUUGGCGGUGUGGAGCCCAAUGCGUACUGCUACAGCGCCCUGCUGAAGUCUCUGGGGGAGCACGGGCAGUGGGAGCUCGCGGAGAAGGUGUUCAUGGACCUCGAGGCAGAGGCACUGGGCCAGAGGGCCAUGAGGGGACAGCCUGUGGAUGGGUACAGUGGCUAUGGCAGCGAAGACAUUGUCCAUGGCGGGCUCAACUGUGGCAUGGAUGCGUACAGCCUGGGUGUGCACCAGAUCGGUGCCAUUGAGCAGGCACCUGGAGCUGCGCUGGGGAACCCUGGCGUGUGGAACAGCCCUUCAGAGCUGCAUGGCAUCAACGUGGUUGCUUCGUCCCUGGCACAGCAGAGGGGGACGGGGGCAGCCGAGGAGGCCUUCAGCUUCUUCAGCGACCAGGCGUCGCUGUCUGGCACGCCCCUGGCGAACCAGAUCUCAGAGAUGGCGCUGAGCCUGCGGUGCAGCCACCAGACCGGCGGCGCUGCUGCCGGUGGAGUCGCCAGCCUGGUGGAGAGGAUCGGCCAGCUGAACGUGGGAGACGGGCAGGAGGCGAACGGCAACAAUGGUCGCAAGGGGUCGAACCGCCCAAGGUAUGGGAAGAUAAACGAAGUGGUGUGUGGUGCGUUGAUGAUGGCAUACAGCAAGGCAGGCAAGUGGAGUGAGGCAGUGAACGUCCUGGCGCGCGCACGGCGGCUGGGCAUACGUCCCAACACCGUGAUGUACAACUCUGCCAUAUCGGCUGCGGGCAAGAGCGGGCAGCUGGACGUGGUGGAGGCGCUGUUCCGGGAGGUUCCGGAGCCCGAUGCUGUGACCUACGAGACCGUGAUCGCCGCCUACGGAAUGGCAGGCGAUGUUGACAAGGCCGAGGGCGUGUUCCAGAAGAUGAUCGACGCCCGGAUGCAGCCCCGGGACUAUGCCUACUGCGGACUGAUCGCCGCAUACAGCAUGGCUGGCGACUGGCAGUCCGCCCUGCAUGUGAGGACGCGAAUGCAGCACGCCGGCAUCAACCUGACUGUGCAUGUUUACAAUGCUCUGAUCGCUGCGUGCGAGCGCUGCGGCAGGUUCGACCACGCCCUGCAGCUCCACAAAUAUAUGGAGGCUGAAGGCGUGGAGCCCAACAAUGUGACGGUGACCCUGCUCAACUCGGUGGGCAAGCACGGCGUCCGCGCCGUGGAGACCCAACAGGCGGCCGCCACGGCUCUGUCUGCUGCUGUGGCUGCGGCCGGGGCGCUGAUGAUCCAGACCGGCGCAUUCUAG